AAGAUGGCGGCGCUGAGCGGCGGCGGCGGCGCGGAGCAGGGCCAGGCUCUGUUCAACGGGGACAUGGAGCCCGAGGCCGGCGCCGCGGCCUCUUCGGCUGCGGACCCGGCCAUUCCCGAGGAGUCCUGUUGAGGCCUUCUACUUCAUUUCACCGCUCGCUAACGUUGUUAUCGUCACAAAUCCUUCUGAACGCUUUGGAGCUACUUACUUUCUGAAUCGUGAAGCUGUCAAGAUCCCGUCAGGUGUGGAAUAUCAAACAAAUGAUUAAAUUGACACAGGAGCAUAUAGAGGCCCUACUGGACAAAUUUGGUGGGGAGCAUAAUCCACCAUCAAUAUAUCUGGAGGCCUAUGAAGAAUACACCAGCAAGCUAGAUGCCCUCCAACAAAGAGAACAACAGUUAUUGGAAUCCCUGGGGAAUGGAACUGAUUUUUCUGUUUCUAGCUCUGCAUCAACAGACACCGUUACAUCUUCUUCCUCUUCUAGCCUUUCAGUGCUGCCUUCAUCUCUUUCAGUUUUUCAAAAUCCCACAGAUGUGUCACGGAGCAACCCCAAGUCACCACAAAAACCUAUCGUUAGAGUCUUCCUGCCCAAUAAACAGAGGACGGUGGUACCUGCAAGGUGUGGAGUUACAGUCCGGGACAGCCUAAAGAAAGCACUGAUGAUGAGAGGUCUAAUCCCAGAGUGCUGUGCUGUUUACAGAAUUCAGGAUGGAGAGAAGAAACCAAUUGGCUGGGACACUGAUAUUUCCUGGCUUACUGGAGAGGAAUUGCAUGUAGAAGUGUUGGAGAAUGUUCCACUUACAACACACAACUUUGUACGGAAAACUUUUUUCACCUUAGCAUUUUGUGACUUCUGUCGAAAGCUGCUUUUCCAGGGGUUCCGCUGUCAAACGUGUGGUUAUAAAUUUCACCAGCGUUGUAGUACAGAGGUUCCACUGAUGUGUGUUAAUUAUGACCAACUUGAUUUGCUGUUUGUCUCCAAGUUCUUUGAACACCACCCAAUACCACAGGAGGAGGCCUCCUUAGCAGAGACUACCCUUACGUCUGGAUCAUCCCCUUCUGCACCCCCCUCCGAUUCUAUUGGGCCCCCAAUUCUCACCAGUCCGUCUCCUUCAAAAUCCAUUCCAAUUCCACAGCCUUUCCGACCAGAUGAAGAUCAUCGAAAUCAGUUUGGACAACGAGACCGGUCCUCAUCAGCUCCAAAUGUGCAUAUAAACACCAUAGAACCUGUCAAUAUUGAUGAAAAAUUCCCAGAAGUGGAAUUACAGGAUCAAAGGGACUUGAUUAGAGACCAAGGGUUUCGUAGUGAUGGAGGAUCAACCACAGGUUUAUCUGCCACGCCCCCUGCCUCAUUACCUGGCUCACUCACUAAUGUGAAAGCAUUACAGAAAUCUCCAGGACCUCAGCGAGAAAGGAAGUCAUCUUCAUCCUCAGAAGACAGGAAUCGAAUGAAAACACUUGGUAGACGGGAUUCAAGUGACGAUUGGGAGAUUCCUGAUGGGCAGAUCACAGUGGGACAAAGAAUUGGAUCCGGGUCAUUUGGGACAGUCUACAAGGGAAAGUGGCAUGGUGAUGUGGCAGUGAAAAUGUUGAAUGUGACAGCACCCACACCUCAGCAGUUACAGGCCUUCAAAAAUGAAGUAGGAGUACUCAGGAAAACUCGACAUGUGAAUAUCCUACUCUUCAUGGGUUAUUCAACAAAGCCACAACUGGCUAUUGUUACCCAGUGGUGUGAGGGCUCCAGCCUAUAUCAUCAUCUCCACAUCAUUGAGACCAAAUUCGAGAUGAUCAAACUUAUAGAUAUUGCACGGCAGACUGCACAGGGCAUGGAUUACUUACACGCCAAGUCAAUCAUCCACAGAGACCUCAAGAGUAAUAAUAUUUUUCUUCAUGAAGACCUCACAGUAAAAAUAGGUGAUUUUGGUCUAGCCACAGUGAAAUCUCGAUGGAGUGGGUCCCAUCAGUUUGAACAGUUGUCUGGAUCCAUUUUGUGGAUGGCACCAGAAGUAAUCAGAAUGCAAGAUAAAAACCCAUAUAGCUUUCAGUCAGAUGUAUAUGCAUUUGGGAUUGUUCUGUAUGAAUUGAUGACCGGACAGUUACCUUAUUCAAACAUCAACAACAGGGACCAGAUAAUUUUUAUGGUGGGACGAGGAUAUCUAUCUCCAGAUCUCAGUAAGGUACGGAGUAACUGUCCAAAAGCCAUGAAGAGAUUAAUGGCAGAGUGCCUAAAAAAGAAAAGAGAUGAGAGACCACUCUUUCCCCAAAUUCUCGCCUCUAUUGAGCUGCUGGCCCGCUCAUUGCCAAAAAUUCACCGCAGUGCAUCCGAACCCUCUUUGAAUCGGGCUGGCUUCCAAACAGAGGAUUUUAGUCUGUAUGCUUGUGCUUCUCCAAAAACACCCAUCCAAGCAGGGGGAUAUGGAGAAUUUGCAGCCUUCAAGUAGCCACACCAUCAUGACAGCAUCUACUCUUAUUUAAGUCUUGUGUUCGUACAAUUUGUUAACAUCAAAACACAGUUCUGUUCCUUAACUCUUUUUAAAGAUAAAAAUUUUCAAUGCAUAAGCUGGUGUGGAACAGAAUGGAAUUUCCCAUCCAACAAAAGAGGGAAGAAUGUUUUAGGAACUAGAAUUCUCUGCUGCCAGUGUUUCUUCUUCAACACAAAUACCACGUGCAUACAAGUCUGCCCACUCCCAGGAAGAAAGAGGAGACCCUGAGUUCUGACCUUUUGAUGGUCAGGCAUGAUGGAAAGAAACUGCUGCUACAGCUUGGGAGAUUUGCUCUGGAAAGUCUGCCAGUCAACUUUGCCCUUCUAACCACCAGAUCAAUAUGUGGCUGAUCAUCUGAUGGGGCAGUUGCAAUCACCAAGCCUCGUUCUCUUUCCUGUUCUGGGAUUUUGUUGUGGAGCUCUUUCCCCUAGCCACCACUGGUUAAUUUCUGAGGGAUGGAACAAAAAUGCAGCAUGCCCUUCCUGUAUGGUGCAUGUUCAGUCCUUGAUAAAUUUUUACCAAAAUGAAGCUAUUUUAUUUAAAUGGAGGGUGAGAGAUGAGGAGGUAGGUUUUGGUGUAGAGGAAAAGGGAAUGCUGCAUCUUUUUCCUGACCUGCUGGGUCUCUGGCCUUUGUUUCCUCGCUCACUCAGGCUCUGCCUGGCGGGCAGACUGGAAGCUCUGGCGCACAUUGCCUUCUUUUCCCAUUGGGUCCAGCAAUGAAGACGAGUGUUUGGGGAUUUUUUUUCUCCACGAUGUAGCAAGUUCUCAGGAAAAUACAAUUGAUAUCUUCCUCCUAAGCUCUUUCAGUCACCAAUUACUUAUGUGGCUACUUUGUCCAGGGCACAAAAUGCCUGUAUCUAAUUAAAAGCCUACAAAACUGCUUGAUAACAGUUUUGAAUGUGAGACAUUUAUAUAAUUUAAAUGUAAGGUACAAGUUUUAAUUUCUGAAUUUCUUCUAUUAUAUUUUUAUUAAAAACAAAAUAAUUUUCAGAUUUAAUUGAAUUGGAAUAAAAUAAUACUUCCCACUAGAAUUAUAUAUCCUGGAAAAUUGUAUUUUUGUUAUAUAAACAACUUUUAAAGAAAGAUCAGUAUCCUUUUCUCUACCUAAAUAUAUGGGGAGUCUUAGCAUAAUGACAAAUAUUUAUAAUUUUUAAAUUAAUGGUACUUGCUGGAUCCACACUAACAUCUUUACUAAUAUCUCAUUGUUUCUUCCAACUAACUCCUGCACUACAUCCUACAUUUUCUUUCUAGUCUUUGAUCUAGCAUAUGCAACCUCAAAUAAAAAUGGUGGUGUCUCCAUUCAUUCUCCUCCUUCCUUUUUUCCCAAGCCUGGUCUUCAAAAGGUUGGUUAACUUUGGCAGCCGAGUCCCCCAGGCAGAGAAUAGAGCAAUUUUAGGUGUAUUGGGACUGAGGGAGGAUGUGAAAAGCCUGACAUCAGUUGUUUUUAUAGAAAGAACUGCUGUGGUAUUAAGAACUUGUUCCUUAUCUUUAUAAAUGGGGAAUAUAACCUAGUCAUAACUUCCCUUGACCUUUACUGAAGUGUGGUAUAAAUCACAGUAGUAGCAAAGAAAGUGACUCUGGAUGUAUUAAUGGCAAAUACCCCCCUUAUCAUGAAUCUGGACUCUUAUCAAGAUUUAGGAAUGUAAAUCAAACGUACCUAGCCCAACCAAGCUAUGUAGUGAAGGACCUGAAAGAAAUUAGACAGGACCUAUAAAAUAAAUCAGGGAAUUAGAAAUUAUUUAAAGUUUUCAAAUUGUAAAUUGCCCCGCUAUUUUUCAGCCUAUUAAAGCUUACUGUCAUUAGAUGAUUUCUUGCUACGUUACCUAUGUUCAGAGGAAGGCCUGUUGAAAAUUCCAUGGACUUGUAAAAGAUUGUCCCAGUAAAAUGGGAAAUAAUCCUCAAGUUAUUAACGAGUUUGAAAAGCAGUGUGUUCUUUAGUCUUUCGUGAGCAGAGCAGUAUCUUACAAAAUUGAGAAAUUGCAAGAAUGAAAAUGAUUUGUGCUGAUUUGAAGAGCAUCUUUUGUGCAUAAUGCUGCCUCUCUUUUAAAAGCAUUGUUUAUUUUUCUUUUUAAAUAUGUCCCCACAGAUGCUUUUGAACAUGCUUGUGUUACCUUUUCCUAGAUUGGAGAGAGCUGGGCUUGAACAGUAGGCGUGUCCUGCCGGAGCUUCUAGUGCAGGACUCCCUCCCUGAGCACAGCAGGAGCCAGCACAGGAGCUAGUUAUGGAGGGAGCUUAGCAUUGGAGUUUUCAACACAAAAUUCAAGGUGAUUAAACACUGUUUUCUUCCCUUUCUUUUUAGAAUACAUUGCUAUCUCAUUUGAAAAAUCUCAUUUCUUAAAUGAAGCUGUGCCCAGAAGCCAGGCUCAGGGUAUUCUUGAGAGAUUUGUAUAGAGCCCUUAAAAAAUAAAAAUAAAAUUUUAGCAUUUCCCUUUUCUUCCUUUUCUCCAUUAAAUACUUUUUCUCUAGUUUACAAAUGGCAUGGAAAAGGAAUUUCCCCUGAGUUUUACAUGCUUUUUUUGAUGCUUAGACUACAGAUAGACUUGAGCUCCUAAGAAAAUACAAGGGAAGAACUCCUUGUUUGUUGUGCAGUGCACUUUAUGAGUAGUUUGUAUCGAUAUUAUGUGGCUGCUUUACUGACAGGCUUGUAAGGCUGCACUUAUCUGUCUUUCCUGUAAGGUGGCUGCAGUGCCUUCUGUAGUGUAUUUUAUUUUGGAUAAGGAGAGGUGACACCUGAAAAAUUUCAGAGUAACCAUAAAAGAUUGUUUUAAAGUAUGUAGUAUUCCUGAUGGACUUUUUCAUCAUUAAACUAGUCUAGGGUCUAAACUUUUACCACUGAAAUAAUAUUGACCAAAAAGUAAUUUAUAAAAGGGAUUUUGUGAAUAGAAAAUCCACUGUAAUCAUUUGUACUUAAGUGCACUCUUAAAAGAAGAUUCUGUCUCGCUGUCAAACUCUGGUUCCUUAACAUCCAAUCCCUGGUUGUGUUUGCGAUCUGGUAGGACAUGCUAAGGCAAGCUAGAAGAUAAAAUCCCAUAUACUUUAGUAUACGUGUUAUAUUUAUGUCAGUGUUGGAAAAGAAAGAGCAGUUACUUAGUAAUAAAGAUCCAAGACUUCAACACUGUCAACCUGAAACUUUGUAAAUAUUUCCUAGAUUCUUGUUUGGUGCGGUCACAGCUCUUUAUCACACAAUGUUAUCUUUUACUCAUCAGGCAAUUUUGGAACUGCUGCACACCCCUCCUCAGAUCUCACCUGCCCCUCCCGUACAUUCACCUCUCCAGCCUUGUGCACACCUCAUUUAGCUUUACUUUGAAACACAUUGCAGGGUUCAGGUGACCUCUUCUAAAACUACCUCCUCAGAAUGAGGUAAUGAAUAGUUAUUUAUUUUAAAAUAUGAAAAGUCAGGAGCUCUAGAACAUGAAGAUGAUUUAAGAUUUUAACUUUUAUGUGUACUUGUAUUUGAGCCUUCUCAUUUUGUCCUAAGGGCAUUAUACAUUUAAGCAGUAAUACUGACAAAUGUAGCUCAGAGUAUCUGAAUGUUGUUGAAAGUGAUGCCAGAAUCUCUUUAGGGGUACGUUUCAGAAUUUUUAACCUUAUAUCGGUUGCAUGAAAUUAAAUAGUUAAUGGUAACACUUCACUAACAGUGAUAUAAUUUUAAUUUUUGGUAGUCUUAGCAAGACAGUACAUCUUCAUAAUGAGUUAGCCGCAGCUUCAUCACAUGCACAGAUGCUCCUGUAGAGAGACUGCCCAGUUAAGAGGGUAGAAUGAUGACCCAUUUUGCAAGUUUCUCUUCUUUGUCCAAAUUGGCAUUCUUUGUGCUAGAAAAUCAGCACUUUGAGUAUAGCAAUUUCAACCAUUAGACUAGUAAAAAGCAAAACAAACAAAAAAACCAUAGCCAGACAUGGAAAGUUUACUGUGAGUAUAAACAGCAAAUAGCUUACAGGUCAUACAUUGAAAUGGUGUAGGUAAGGCUCUAGAAAAAUACCUUGACAAUUUGCCAAAUGAUCUUCCUGUGCCUUCAUGAUGCAAUAAAAAAGCUAAAAUUUUAGCAGAAAUCAGUGAUUUGUGAAGAGAGCAGCCACCCUGGUCUAACUCAGCUGUGUUAAUAUUUUUUAGCGUGCAAUUUAGACUGCAAAGAUAAAUGCACUAAAGAGUUUAUAGCCAAAAUCAUGUUUAAAAAAAUGAGAAAACACACAGGUAAAUUUUCAGUGAACAAAAUUAUUUUUUUAAAGCACAUAAUCCCUAGUAUAGUCAGAUAUAUUUAUCACAUAGAGCAAAUAGGUUGAAAUCAUAAUUCAGUGACAUUUCUAGAGAAACUUUUUCUACUCCCAUAGGUUCUUCAAAGCAUGGAACUUUUAUAUAACAGGAAUGUUUGACAGACAUUUUAAGAAAUUGCUGUAGUUUAGGGUUGAAGUUACUAUAUGCUGGGCAGCAGUCAUAUGUAUUAACUAGUGAGAAGGAUGAAAUUAACAUAUAGGACAGAAUUUGAUUUUCUCAGUUCCCAUAGUACUGCUGCCAACCUAGACACUGAUUUUCCAGAGUUUGAAAUAUAAACUUGCCUCUCAGGAUUUGUUUGCAAAUUAAGUGGGACUGUCUUGCUAAUGCUCUGGGGGCCAGGUGGAAUCUCCAAGGGCUCCUCUAUGAGGGGACAUAAGGCUGGCGGGUGUGAACUGGACACACUCCAUGGUGUGCUUCUAGUAUCUUGAUUCCUUGCCACCCCCAAGAAAGGCUUCAGCAAGUUCUCUAGACGUUUCACUAAGGAGUAUUACUAAUGCCCAUAGGUGCAGUAGCAUCUCUGCCUGAUUGUAUAUUGGCCCCCAGAGGAGAGUGAAGUGGCCAGUGUACUCAUAUUCCAUGUUGCUAGCUCUGGUAAACUGAAAAUACUGGUAAGAUUUUUGUUUUAUUAGUACACUAGAGAGUAAGCUUUGUUUUGUUGUUUGAAGAUAAUCAAUUUUCACUUCUGUUUGGGAAAACAUUUAAAUUGAAUUUCAGUCCUAAAUUUUGCCAGUUGUGGCAAUUAACAGUUUCUAUCAGGUGUUUUUAAUGUAGAAGAGGACAGAAACUAAGUCCUAAAAUCUUAAAUUAAGGUAACAGUGGUUUAUUUUAGAACGCUUAGGGGUGGUUAGUCUCUACCUCAAAAAAUUGAUUGAGUGUAUCAUUUAUUUCAGUAUCCACAAUUUCAGCUGUUGUUCUUGUAAUACUUUUUUUUAACAUUUUGACCCCCUUUACCCAACUGUUAACUUAGUCUUAUUACUAAAUCAGUUUCAUUAAAAUGUUUAAUUUUAUUUAGCAGUUUUGACUAAUUACAAUGAUAUAACCAGUUGUGCAUGAGGACACAGCCAGUGAGUGUAUCUGGGUUUUUUUGUGAUGCUUUUUUUUCUUAAGAAUUCUGUAGGUUGAAGUACUCUUUGAAAACAAAGAACUAAAAUGUUUAUUCAUGUUAGCAUAAAAAAAAAAGAUUUGUGCAAACCAUCUGCUUUUCCUGGCAGGCUGAGCACAUUGUCCAGCACCCGCGAGUGGCUGGUUCUCAUCACAGAAUCUAUGUAGGGAAUUGGGCAUGAAAUUCACUGAAGAGGUGGAGCAGAGGAAGUGUUCUGUUUACAGGAGUGGAGAUAGGGCUUAUGAGUAAGUUGCUUAGUAAGUUGGUUUUGUUUUGAGAAUUAUUGUGUUACAUUUGUGUGUUAAGCUUUUUUUAACCCACUUGUGUUUUGGUGGAGUAUGUGUUACGUAAGAGGAAACGUCAGACUAGCAUAAGCAACAAAGCUCACAGUCUAGGCACAGGUGUAGACAAAAUGGACCAAAAUGGGAGGGGGGAGGGUAUGGGAGUAAGUCUAGGGGUAGGGAAGAAUUGAUGUGAGGGUGGGAAAUAAACUAUAAUUACCUGAAAUAAAAUGUUAAGAGUGCAAUAAGUGUGCUUUUUAUUCUAAGCUGUGAACGGGUUUUUUAAAAAAUCAUUCCUUCCUAAUACAUUUGCCUGUGUUCUGUAGCUGAUUAAAACCAGCUAUGUAAACAUAUAAUGCCUUUUUAUUCAUGUUAAUUACCAACAUAAAUGGCUAACCUUUAUGUCUUAUUUAUCUUCAUGUUAUGUUAGUUUACAUCCAGGGGUGUGUAUGCGUGUGUAUGCUGUAAAUUUUCCCUCCUUCGUUUGAAAACGCCUUUGUUGGGUCCUGUGUGUUUCCUUUGGCCAUGCCACAGGUUAUAGUCUCGGCUUGGCCUUCAUAUCGCCUGAUUUGAAGGACUCUAUCACAGUGACAUAGCUCAUUCAUUUGUUGUGCACUCUGACCCUUUCCUCACUCAGCAGUUGCUGUUUCUUCUAAAAUAUGAGUGUACAACUAUGAGGAGAUUGAAAUUAACUGUUUAACAUAUGUCCCUUUGAAUUCUAUUUAGUAGUUAUGAUUGCUCUUUGGUUUGGACCAAGAAAAAGGAAAUCCGCGCCCCACCCCCACCCCCCGCCUUUCACUUAUUUCUCGGUUUGAGGACAAUUCUUCUGUAAGAGAGGGGAAAGGGAAAUCCUUCAUGUUUUAACUGCAGUGAGUUAAUGGCCCCUGGUUUACUCCAAACCUUAUGGCGAUUCACAUUCACAUUCCUCUCCUCUCUUGCUGCCAGAGGUUUGGGUUUAGUUCACUUCAGUUCCGCUCAAGCAUUGAAAAGGUUCUCAUGGAGUCUGGGGUGUGCCCAGUGAAAAGAUGGGGACUUUUUAAUUGUCCACAGACCUCUCUAUACCUGCUUUGCGAAAAUUACAAAGGAGUAACUAUUUUUAAAGCUUAUUUUUCAAUUCAUAAAAAAAGACAUUUAUUUUCAGUCAAACGGAUGAUGUUUCCCUCUUGUCCCUUAAUCCUCAGUGUUUGCUUGAAUUUUUUUUUUUCAAU